AUGAAUGAUGAACACAACCCACAGUCCUAUGUUAACACCAAUUAUCUCCCCAUCGAGAUGGACAUUGAAUUCCGUACUGGUCCUCCUCCUCCUACAAAAACAUCAACAUGGCGAGUCAAACUUUCCAUGUACUGGCCCUUUGCGGCGCACCUCGCUCUAAUUGCCUUCGUAUCCUUGGCCUGUCUCCGCUAUCUAGAUGGCCACGAUUUCAACAUCAACUCACGUCUACCUCGAUAUCGAGAAGUCGAUGGCUCUCUUGCGUAUGUGACAUCUUAUGCUCCCCUCCAAUCUGACAUCACAACUGCCGUCUCGUUGGCAGCUUCAGUAACACGUGUUGCAGGCGGAUGGUGGGCGACAGGCUACAUCUGGCACUGCAUUUUCGUGGCUAUGGAGCAAGGGGGAAUUUCGGCAAAAGGUCUAUUGCAGGUGAUUUCAAAUAGGCCUCCUUCACCUUGCCACUUUACUCAAAAAAGUAACUUGGUCAUCAUAUACAUCACCCUCCUCACCACUUUCACUAUCGAUUAUUUCUCCGCAGCUUUGACAGGAUCAUUCAUUUGGGAGGCUGCGGACGCUCAAAUACCUGGGAGGAUACCACGCGCUAUCUCAAAUGGAACCGCAGAUUAUGUUGGUGCACCUUACUUGGGUGACAGCUGGAAGUCUCCGGUUCUGUCAAUGGCUUCGGCUUCUGCAAGCAUCGCAUGGAUGGUCCAGUCAGAGUUCAUUUUGAACAUCAUGCAACCCUCCAUCACUUUUCGGUGUGUUAUACAAAAAGCACAAUACAUCUCUACCAAUUCCACCCUGGCUGAAGUUAUGAUGCCUUACUUUGCCGUAGAUGCUUUCGAGUGGGUGCAAGACCCUCACCAGGUCUUGACGGACACACAAAUAUCCUUACUCAAUCAGACGGCGGUGGGGAGAAGGACCACAAACACCUAUAUCGGGACAUCAGGACCUGCCCAUAUCAGAAACACGACUCUUCGCCAUCGUGAUUUAUUUCCUCCUCCGCCCAACCUUCCUCACUCCACCAUUCAAGUGUGCCCACAGAAUUACAUGAUCGACCCGGGCGUCCAAAUCAACUUGUUUGGCAGCAUGAACAGUUCCGUGGCGAUCUUGCCCUGUUUUGGUAUCGCAAAUGUGUCGUACCGUGCUGGAGUGUUCAGCGGUAGAAACUGUAAAAUUAUUUCUUCGAAUGUCAUGGAAGCACAACCCCCCUUUACACUCAUCGGAAAUCCAUUCACUUCAGGGGCACUGGGACUGACACCAGCUCUUGUAACCAAUCUGGUAUUAUCUAUGUAUGCUAUUCCCUUGAACUAUGGGACACACAGAGACUUGGCCAUCGAGUUAACGUCACGGGCAUAUCAGGCUGCAUGGGCAGCAUCGUCCGACCUUGCCCCGAUAGUUUUCGAUACUACAGCUGUGCAGAUUGCCUUGCCGACGUUGCGUGCCAAAAUAAUUCGCUGGAGAGUAUACCUUUGGGUAGCACUGCAUCUUUGGGUGUUAGCGCUAGGCUUGCUUUUCGUCUACAUUCAAAGUCAUUGCGAUCACCCGUGGGUUGAGGACCCGACUAUGGCUGUCUUCUGGCUGGAUAUGAGGGCGGUCCUUACCAAGUCGGAUGGUCAGCUUGUUUUGGACCCAUGGCAGCCCGGAACAGUGAUUUGUGAAGAUGGAGUGCUCAUACUUGAGCAAAACAAACCCAGUCAGCACUCAGUGCAAGUCAAGAGGAGUAGUGGUUCGCGUCAGUGCAGAUAUUUGGAUUCAAUACCAUUACGGCGUAGGACGCCUCCUUCAAGUUCCACGAUAUUGAGGAAGGAAGGCAUAGAAAGUGUUGAGACGCUCAUCGGGACUUCCGUUCCGACAAGUCUGCAGACUAUCUCGUUGGAUUCCACCAGAACCCCCGAAAAUUCUGCGGAGUGA